AUGGACACAAGAGCCUCCCUCUCCAUUCUGCUGCUGCUGUUUGGCGUCUCACAGGCGUCUCCUCUCACGGAGUUUGAAGGAGUGUUUGUGUCAGAGCCUGAACCUCUGGACAUCACUACAAGGAUUUUGGAGUCCAACAAUGGAUCUUCUGAAGUCCUGAUUGAAGCAGAUCUGGUGUUUCCCAAAACCAGAAAUGCUCUCAACUGCUUUAACAACAACUGUUUCUGGAAGAAAAACUCUAACAACAUAGUGGAGAUCCCUUACAUAGUGAGCGGUGAAUUCUCCUAUAAUAACAAAUUAGUUAUCGCAAAUGCCAUGUCCACCUUUCACUCCAAAACCUGCAUCCGCUUUGUGGCCAGAUCAACUCAGAGCGACUACAUCAGUAUUGAGAACAAAGAUGGUUGCUACUCUUCUCUUGGCAGAACUGGUGGCAAGCAGGUGGUCUCCCUCAACAGGCAAGGCUGUGUGUAUCACGGCAUCGUUCAGCAUGAGCUCAAUCAUGCCCUGGGCUUCUACCACGAGCAAACCAGGAGCGAUCGGGAUGAGUACGUCAAGAUCAACUGGGAGAACAUGUCUCCUGAUAUGGCCUACAACUUCCAGAAACAAAACACCAACAACCAAAACACUCCAUACGACUACGGCUCCAUCAUGCACUAUGGAAGAACAGCCUUCUCCAUCCAGCCCGGGCUGGAAACCAUCACUCCCAUUCCUGAUGAGACGGUGGAAAUCGGACAGAGGCAGGGAAUGUCCAACACCGACAUCCUGAGGAUCAACAAGCUGUAUGGAUGCUGA